AUGACCGACGAAAUCCUUUCCGACGAUGUCAUCGAGGCACUCCUCCGCCCUGCGGGAAUCUCAGUCAGAGCCGCCGGCCCCUUCUUCGGCACCGGAACGAGGGCGCAGGUCUCCCUGCGCCUGAUGAAUCUGGACGCAACCCAGAAGCGCUUCAAGCCAAGCGCACUCGCCGUGAUCAAGCGCGUCACGUACUGGGUCGACAAGGCCAUAAACGUGUCACCUUUGCACCCCGACCUCGACCACAACGAUAACGCGUUUUGGGACGCCGUCAUCGACGUCGCCGACGACGACAAGACUCUCGAGGACGAGAUCAAGCUUCACACCUGUCCCUCCAUGAAGCGUGCUGCGAUCGCGCACAUCGUUCAGAGAUUCCGCUUUAAUCGCAACAACUUCCUCCGAAGCCAGGGCAACGUCGCGGCUCCGGACGCCGACGCUCCUGAUAACGAGACGGAGGAACAGCGCCUCAAGCGCGUCAAGAUGCGGUUUUACCUCGGCAAGAUGUGGAAGAAUCUGGAUGACCGGACCGAAGUUUGCAAGGCCUUCAGCAGAUGUACGCGUGAUGCCAAAAGGGCCAACCGAGAGCGACCCGAGUCCAACGAGCCUGACGUCGAGCCCGUUUCCGGCGCCACCGCUGACCCCAACACCAACAACCUCCGCGAGAUGACCCAUCACCAGAAGAUGCUGCGCGGCUGUGAGGAGUACCUCGACCGGGAGAAAGCCAAUGAGGAGUACAACACCCUGGCAGAGGCGUACGAUAACGUUUGGACGGAAAAGGCCAACUUGGAGGCUGCGCUGGCUUUUUUCAAGGCCGAGAACGACGAGUAUGAGAACGAUGGAAGUGGCUCAGGCGAGGAGGAUGAUGAGGGCCAGACGUCUUGA